UUUUCUUCAAAUUUAUUUCUCAGACCAUUCAUUUAAUACACAUUUCUUUGUCCGUCCGUCGUAAAAACAGAACGCAGUUUUGGCUUCAGUUUUCCUACAGGCUGCAGAAUGAGUAAAAGCAAAGUGUUAAACCUGAAGGAUAAAAUCAGCGGGAAAGAAGCGGACUUGAGCCUGUGUAACCUCAGUGAGGUGCCAGUCAAAGAGCUGGCUUCAUUCCCCAAAGCCACCGUCUUGGACUUGUCUUGCAACAACAUUAUCUCCCUUCCUCCAGAGUUUUGCAACCUGACCCACUUAGUGAAGCUGGACUUGAGUAAAAACCAGCUGACCUGUUUGCCAGAUGACCUGGGGAACCUGAUCAGUCUUCAACAUCUGGACCUUUACAACAACAAGCUGAUGGUUCUGCCCGUGAGCUUCUCCCAGCUCAGGAAUCUGAAGUGGCUCGAUCUGAAGGACAACCCUCUGGAGCCCGGCCUGGCCAAAGCUGCAGGAGACUGUCUGGAUGAGAAGCAGUGCAAACAGUGUGCCUCAAAGGUUCUGCAGCACAUGAGAGCGAUUCAGGAGGACGUUGAUCGUGCACGGGAGAAACGCCUUUUAAGAGAAAAAGAGUUGGAGAAGAAGAAGGAAGCAAAGCAGAGGGAGCGGGAGGCCCGAGAACGGGAGGCUCGUAAACGGGAGAAGGCGGAGGAGAAGGAGAAGCGGAGGAAGGAGUACAACGCUCAGGUGGCGGCUUUGGCUGUGCAGGAGCAACAGAAGAAGAAGAAUGAGGAGAAGAAGAAAAAGAACGGCCAAGCUGCAGAAAAUAAAAAGGCCCUCGUGGAACCGCCGCCUAAACCGAGGCGUUCUCUCAUUGGCCUGAUGUUUAAGCUCCUCCUCCUGUUAACGCUGGGAUUGGUCGGAGUUGCUGCGGCCUGCCGACUGACCGACCUGCAGAAGGAAGACGUCUGCGUGCCGAUCAACACCGCCGUUAACGACUGUUUAUCCUGGGCCAAAGUGCAAGAGGGCGCGGCCAGACAGCUGCUGCAGAAUCUGUCGUCUGCAGCCAAAGAACUGCUCGAAUCAAUGCAAACGUCCAAAAACUAAAAAAAACUAAAAGCUAAGAGUAGCAGGACUUUUAACUUGUAAAGUCGGGGGAGGGUUCUUCUUAUCAUGCAGAAAUAUUGAAUCUCAUUGAAAUGAGCUUUUCCUCACUGUUUGUGUCGUAGGGAGGUGAAAAAAACAAGACGUGUGGACAGGGAGAGAUGUUAUUCCUAUGGAAUUGUUGUCAUUCUCGUACUCUCUUUGUACUUCAGCCUGAUUUAAAAAUAAUUUAUCUUCAAUGUCUCCCUGUGGACAGUUUUACACUUUGACCAGCAAACAUCCAGCUGUUUAACAUCAGCAUUAGCCAGCUGUGUUUGAGAAAUAUUCAGUGAGAUGUUGCAGAAACCCGUCUGUGCUGCAGCGAAGUCAAACGUGCAUCGGUCUGAGCGUGAGCAGUGCCUUCACCGUCCAAGUUAAAGCUCAUUUUAUAACGUCAGACAUGAUUGAGUGAAUUUUACCAAAUGGUAAAAAAAAGAUAACUAAUUUAUUUAGCCAAAGAUGCAGAAGGUAAUUUAGGAAGUUUUCAUUUUUGUGAACCACAAAUCUAAACGUUCUUGUUUCCUGCUCACAAUUCUGUAAUGAUCACAGUCUGAGCUUUAUUAUUAAUAUUUUUAUUAUAAAUUCUUUCA